AUGAACCCAUGGAAUUUGGUAAACAAACACGGCCAGGUCCUUGUCUCUGUGCUGACUGCUGCUGAGGGACAUAGACUGGACGCCAUGGCAGCUGGCCUGAUGAAAUGCUACCGGAAGGCAGGAGAAGCAGCCCCAAAAAGGAUGUAUGUGGACAGAGAUUGCUGCAGUCAGCAUGGCCAGUCUCGGGUGAAGGUCAUGUUUUCGGAGUGGGAUGAGCUUGUAGUGCACCUCGACAUCUGGCACUUUAUACGGCGAUUUGCUGCAGGUGUCAUGACAGAGGCUCAUCCGCUCUAUGGGAUCUUCAUGGCACGUCUGUCCAUGUGCAUCUUUCAGUGGGAUCCAGAGGAUGCGGCUGCUCUUCGCCGUGCAAAGGAGGGUAAGCUGGCAGCAAAGAAGACUGGCCACAUCUCAGAAAGGGUGGUCAGUGCUUGCAUUACCCGGAGGGAGUUGGCACUGCACUGCCGGAGGAGGACCAGGGGUGUGGAUGAGACCACUAGAUUAAUUGGAUCACUGAUUGACCUGCUUGACAGUGCGGAUGGGAAGGACACUCUGGGAUUUCCUCUGCUGGACCACGAAUGGAUCCAGCAGAUAUUGAAAGAACAGCAGAAGCAUGAACCAGUGCCAGUGAUGCGCAUUUUCAUGCCUAUGUCCUUGAGAGCUUGGAAUGAUGACCGGAUGGAAGACGCCAUAAAAGGAGCUUCCUCCAUCUGGUCAUUUGGCAGUGCCAUGAAAGAGGCUGUGGACCAACUUAGCCAAACAGUCUUUGGGAAGCCCUGGGAUGAGUGCUAUCGCCCUCUUGGAGCAUAUUCUGGCUGAGCCGUCCACAUCAUCUGGUGGAGAAGGACAGCAUCUUGCCCCUGCCUCUUCAGUGCUGUCACAGCCAU